AUGAUCGCAGUUUGGAAGAGCUUGCAAGAGGCCCAAAAAAGGAGGAAAUUGCGAGAGAACGAGGAGCCGACGAGCGCGAUCCAAGGAGGCGGCGAUGGACAACGGCGAGUGACAUCUGCGACGACGACGACGACACCAACACAGCCAAAGCAACAACAAGCCCAUCGUCGCCGACUGCGAGCUGCGGCGGCCGUGCCGAGAGAGCGCAGCCGAGAGUGUCUGGUGCGAGAGAAUCGGUACGCGAUCGAGCGAGCCGAAGAGGAGCAGUGGGAGCGGGAGCACGAGCAGCGGCUCACCAAUACCGGCGCGGGUGCACGUGCUCGUCGUGACGGCCGCUUUGCCGGAAUUGAUUUGCAGCAGGAAGUGGGCGAAGUGGGCGGCGGAGGAAGAGGGUGGCAAAAUCAGCACUUUUGUUUAGAACGCGGUGGACAGGCGGAAAAGCGAGAGGAAGAGGAAGAAGAAUGGAGUAGUUUGCGUGCGGCGGAGGAUCGAAGGAGGCGACGGGUCAAAGACGGCGAAGACAGCGACGACGACGCCAGAGCGAAUUAUGGAUCGGCGUUUAAAUUUAGUUCUUGUUGGUGUCUGUAG